UUAACUUUUUUUCCCUUAUACGGUCGAAAAGAUUCAUUUACUUGGCGGUGUAAAAAGAGGCGUUUAGGGUCUUCAGUUGGAUCGAAAACCCUGCUCCGCACAUUGUGUUGCAAUUGUGCGAGCUUCGAACACGCGACCCUCUUUAUUGUACAGAUUCCGCUGUUAACAAAAUAAUAUUACGGCCUCUGCGAUUUUAUUAUACUUUGUUUUUAAACAGUUUUCGCCUUCACACACCGGCUAUCAGAGCGAGUUGGGGUCGAUCUGCCGGCAAACAAUCGGCAAUUUCACUGCGAAUUUUGCCGGCGUAAAGGCUGCAAAUUCUUAGGGUUUUACCAGAAAUUUAUCGGCGAAGUUCGGAUUACAAUUCGGUGUAGCGGUGGGGUUCCUGAGCGGCGAUCGUAGGGGAAUUUUUUCGCACGUUUGAUAUGCGCUGAAGUUUGAGUUUGCAGUGGAAGGGUUUUUUACGUUCGAGUAAUCAGCCAUGAAGUUCAAGAAGAGAAGGGGCACGGAGGCUCCACCAAAAGUGAGAACCUUCAUCAACAAUGUUAUCAGUGUUCCUUUUGAAAACAUAGAGCUUCCUCUUAAAACAUUUGUAUGGGAGUAUGAGAAGGGCGAUUUUAAUCACUGGAUUGAGCUUUUUAAUCAUUUUGAUUCAUUCUUUGACAAGUAUGUAAAGCCAAGAAAAGAUUUGCAGCUGGAUGAUGAUUUUCAGGAGGCCGAUGCACCUUUUCCAAGAUUGGCUAUUCUUCAGAUCCUCCGGGUGUCUCGAACUAUACUGGAAAACUGUACAAAUAAGCACUUCUAUUGCUCCUAUGAACAGCAUCUUUCAUCAUUGCUCGCUUCUUCAGAUGCAGAUGUGGUAAUCGCUAGUUUACAGACCUUGGCUGCAUUUGUAAAAAAACCAGUGGGAAAGUGUCCAAUUCGAGAUACUUCUCUCAAUGCAAAAUUGUUUGCCUUAUCUCAAGGAUGGGGUGGUAAAGAAGAAGGUCUUGGACUGUUAGCUUGCUCUACUGAAAAUGGCCCUGAUCUUGUUGGAUAUCGGCUAGGUUCUGCUCUUCAUUUUGAAUUUUAUGUAGAUGAAUCUGUUAAAAAGGGGGAUUCUGGAGAUGAGGAGUUGAGAUCCACAGGUUUGCAAGUUAUUCAUAUACCUGACAUGAGUAUGCACCCUGAAAGUGAUAUUCAGCUUUUGAAACACUUGAUAGAUGAAUAUAAGGUGCCUACUGGCCUUAGAUUUUCAUUACUAACUAGGCUACGCUUUGCAAGAUCUUUUUCACGGUUGGAUAGCAGACGACUAUACAUAUGCAUUCGUCUUCUUGCGUUUACAGUGCUUGUCCAAGCAAGUAAUGAUGCUAAUGACCUGACUGCAUUUUUCACAAAUGAACCUGAGUUUGUAAAUGAACUUGUAUCUUUGGUACGCUUUGAUGAUGCAGUACCUGAAGAUAUUCGCAUUUUGGCAAUUCUAGCCUUAACUGCUCUUUAUCAGGAUAGGUCACGUCAAACAACAGUUUUAAAUGUCAUCACAUCAGGUGGCCAUCGUGGUAUCUUACCCAGUCUCAUGCAGAAGGCAAUAAGUUCAAUUUCCAGUGGAUCAGCCGAUUGUUCAAUUUCUUUUCUAGAAGCACUUCUUUCUCUGGUAACAGUUUUAGUCUCAUCUUCAUCAGGUUGUUCUGCUUUGAGGGACGUGGGAUUAAUGCCAACAUUGCUGCCUCUUCUAAAAAACUUGAAUACACAGCACAUACACUUGGUAACUGCAGCUGUACAUGUGCUUGAGGCUUUUAUGGAUUACAGUAAUCCUGCAGCAAUUUCAUUCAGAGAUUUAGGAGGUUUGGAUAAUACCAUUGCCCGGUUAAAGCUUGAAGUCUGUCGUGUUGAGGAGGGUACAUGGAAGGAGACAGCAGAAAUACAACUACAUGGUAAGGGAAAAGCUCCUAUAAGUGAUGCUAGUGUUUCUGAGGUAGCACAGACAGUUCAGUCUGAGACAUUGGUUCCUUAUCAUAGAAGGCUUCUUAUGAAAGCUUUGCUACGGGCUAUAUCUCUUGGUACAUAUGCUCCUGGAAAUACUGCACGACUGUAUGGAUCUGAAGACAGUGCAUUGCCAUUUUGCCUGUGUACCAUAUUCAGGAGAGCAAAAGAUUUUGGUGGUGGUGUGUUUUCGCUUGCAGCUACGGUAAUGAGUGAUCUUAUUCACAAAGAUCCAACUUGCUAUUCUGUGCUAGAUUCUGCUGGUUUGCCUGAUGCCUUUUUGGGUGCUAUCUUGGCUGGUGUUCUUCCUUCUGCAGAAGCAGUAUCUUGUAUACCACAAUGUUUGGAUGCAUUGUGCCUCAAUAACCUUGGUCUUCAGGCCAUUAGUGAACGUGGUGCAUUGAAAUGUUUUGUGAAAAUUUUUACAUCCAAAAUCUACUUACGGGCUUUGGCAAAUGACACUCCUGGAUCCUUAUCAACUGCUUUAGAUGAGCUAAUGCGCCAUGCAGCUUCUUUGCGUGGACCUGGGGUUGAUGUAUUGAUUGAAAUCUUAAACACCAUAGCAAAAAUUGGAUCUGCUCAAGAAACACCUUCCUUGUUGCAAGAUUCUGCUGGCACAUCUGUUCCCAUGGAAACAGAUUUUAUUUCAGUAGAUGGAGAGGAGUCUUCAAGUGCGACUCCUGAGCAGGCAGUUGAUGUUUCGGCUGAUAGUUUAAGUUCAAACAUGGAAGCUUUUCUCCCAGAUUGUAUUAGCAAUGCCACACGUCUCUUGGAAAAUAUUCUUCAUAAUACAGAUACAUGUGGGGUGUUUAUCGAGAAAAAGGGUAUUGAAGCUGUGCUGCAGCUGUUUGAUUUACCACUUUUGCCAUUGUCGUUUGCAAGUGGCCAGAAUAUUGCUGUUGCUUUCAAAAACUUUUCACCACAGCACUCAUCUCCGCUUACAAGGGCUGUUUGCACUGCUCUUAGAGAUCAUUUGAAGCCUGCACUUCAGUUAGCAGAUUCUCUGGCUGGGACGAAGUUAGCAGAUGUUGAAGUAUCAGAGCGAAUGAGAAUUUUGAGAUGCUUUUCCAGUCUUGAAGGGGUUUUAUCUUUCUCAACCCAUCUGCUGAAAAGUACUACAACAAUGAUGCCCGAGCUUGGUUCUGGUGAUGCAGAUAUCUUGAAAGAUGUAGGAAAAGUUUACAAAGAAGUACUUUGGCAGAUAUCUCUAGUCAAUGAUGCGAAGAAAGAGAUUGAACAGGCACCCACAGCUGUAAACGCAUCAGGAUCAGAAGUGACCAAUGAUGCUAGUACAGUUUCGGUUGUUAGAUAUGUUAAUCCAGUGUCUAUGAGAAAUGGGCCUUCAUCUGGUUGGGGAAUUGAUCCAGAGUUCCUUUCUGUUAUACAUGCAGGAGAAGGAUUGCAUCGUCAUAGUCGGAGGGACCAUGGUGUUGAUAGCCUUUCAAGAAUGCGUCUUGGUCGACUUGGACGACAAGCAGAUUCAUCGGAUAUUGAUAUUGGUGGCUCGGUAAAUGCAGCUGAAACAUCACAAUCCCAGGAGUCUAAAAGGAAGUCACCUGAUUUCCUUGACUUUGAGACCAUAAGUAAAGUUGCUACUGCCAUGCGAUCCUUCUAUGUCAAUCUUGUAAAGGUAUUGGUAGUUCCGAAUCGUCGCCGAGAUGAUACAGGAUCACUUAGUGGUGCGGCAAAGAGUGUGGUGGUUUCUCUUGCAAAACUUUUUAAUGAGAGUCUUGAUGUGGAGAAAAACUGGACCUUUUCUGAGUUUGAGUUAUCACUUUCUACAAAAUGUAGGUACUUGGGUAAGGUUGUGGAUGACAUGGCAGCAGUUAUUUAUGACAACCGAAGACGCAUGUGCAAUACAGCGGUAGUGAAUUAUUUUUAUUCACAUGGUACAAUCCAAAAAUUGUUGACUACUUUUGAAGCAACAGGUCAAUUACUAUGGAGUGUACCAGUUAUUUCACAGCCAGGAAUGGAAACUGAAAAUGAAAAGGAGAAUGGGAAUGACAAGAUGGAGCAUGCCCCUUGGUUAUUAGAGACAUUGCGAAGUUAUUGUAAACUCUUGGAGCAUCUUGUUAAUUCUUCUUUGCUCUUAACUACAAAUUCUUCUUCACAGCUAUUAGUUCAACCAGUAGUUGGAGCAUCUUUCCAAGUUCCAAGGGAUCCAGAGGUCUUUGUCCGCACCAUUCAGGCCCAAGUUCUAUGUGCUGUUCUCCCCAUCUGGAACCAUCCAAUGUUCUGUCGUUGUAAUCCAUCUCUGAUUACAUCUGUAGUUUCAAUCAUUACCCAUGUGUACUCUGGCACAGGUGAUGCUAAAGGAAACAGAAAUGGUGUUCCAGGAAGCAGUGCUCAACGUUUCAGAGGUCAUCCACCAGAUGAGACUUCUAUUUCUAUGAUAGUUGACAUGGGUUUCCCAAGGUCUAGGGCAGAGGAAGCAUUAAGGCGGGUUGAAACAAACAGCGUUGAAAUGGCUAUGGAGUGGCUGUUUAAUCAUCCUGAGGAGCCUGCUCAAGAGGAUGAUGAACUUGCGCAAGCUCUGGCCUUGUCACUAGGGAAACCUUCUGAGGCUCCCAAAGAUGAAUCUUCUGAAAAAGGAAAAGAGGUUUUGAAUGAAGAGAAGCUUCCAGAAAAUCCUCCAGUUGAAGAUAUUCUCUCUACUUGCAUGAAUAUGUUGCAGAGCACAGAUGCUAUUGCUUUUUCCAUGACUGAUUUGAUUGUGACUUUGUGUUGUCAAAACAAAGGGCAGUAUCGUCUUAGGGUUGUUCCUUAUCUUGUACAACAUUUAAAACUCUGGAAGGUUGAUGGAACUGAAAAAGAUAAUAGUCCUGUAUCUACAAUAUCUCAUCUUUUGGCAUUAGUGCUGAGUGAAGACAGUAGUGCGAGAGAAGUGGCAGCAGAAAAUUGUCUUGUUUCUACCGCAUUGGACUUAUUGACAAAUUUUUCCCCAAAGAAUGUUGCAGGAGAAAAAAUUUCUGUUCCUAAAUGGGUGACUGCAUUGCUACUUGUACUUGACCAUAUGUUGCAAUGUAAGCUGCAGCUUGCCUCCGAUACUCAGAACACUACUGGAACUGGAUCACAUGCUAAUACUCCUGAAGACAAUUCAGCUGGUAUGAGUACAGCAAAUAACACUAAUAAGUCUCCUACGGAAGAAAACAAUAAAGAGAGUAGUCCAUUCAUGGAAAUUUUAGGAAGGCCAUCUGGUUACAUGACCACAGAUGAACAGCAGAAGGCAAUGAACAUUGCUUGUGACUAUUUACAGCUACAUCUGCCAGCAACUACUGUACAGUCUGUUCUUCAGUUGUGUGCUAGACUAACAAAGUCACAUUCAAUGGCUAUAAAGUUUCUUGAGAGAGGUGGAUUGGCAUCCCUCUUAAGCCUUCCUCGAAGCAGUUUUUUCCCUGGUUUUGACAGUGUGGCAGCUGCUAUCAUACGCCACCUUCUUGAGGAUCCCCAGACUCUUCAGAUUGCAAUGGAGGUAGAGAUUCGGCAGACUUUAAUCAAUAUCUUAAAUCGUCAUGGUGGCCGUGUCUCUCCUAGAACAUUCUUGACAUCUAUGGCCCCAGUCAUUUCUCGUGAACCUACAAUUUUUAUGCAGACUGCAGCUGUGGUAUGUCAGUUAGAAACUGUAGGGGGAAGGCCUAAUAUCAUACUGUCAAAGGAGAGAGAGGACAAGGAAAAGGGAAAAGAGAAGGAGAAAGUGAAGGAGAAAGAUAAAGAAAAAGAUAAAUCUAAAACUUCUUGUAAUACUGAGGCAUGUGUUCCAUCUGGUGAUGUUGGUCGAGUUCAUGAUGGGAUUGGCAGACCACAUGAUGGAUUGGCUAAGACUCCAAAGGGCCAUAAGAAGAUCCCUCACAGCUUUACCCAAGUUAUUGACCAGCUUCUUGAGGUGAUUUUGCACUAUCCGCCUCCCAGUCAAGGGGAAGAAUGCACAGGUUCAACAAUGGCUAUGGAGGUUGAUGAAGUUGCUCCUAAGGAAAAAGGAAAAGCAAAGAUUGAGGAUACCAUGAAUUCAGAAAGUGACAAUGUUCCUGAUAGCUCUGCAGGGUUAGCUAAAGUUGCUUUUAUUUUAAAGCUAAUGAGUGAUAUUCUUCUUAUGUAUAUACAUGCAGCAGGGGUUGUCCUGCGGCGGGACUCAGAGAGUAGUCAAGGUCGUGGGCCUUGCCAAGGAGCAGAAGUCUCAGGACAUGGUGGCCUUUUGUAUCAUGUAUUGCAUAGGCUUUUACCCUAUCCCAUGGACAAAACAUCGGAAAGCAAUAGUGAAGAGUGGAGAGAAAAGUUAUCUGAAAAGGCUUCUUGGUUUCUGGUAGUGAUAUGUGGCAGAUCGAGUGAAGGAAGAAAACGGGUUAUAUCAGAAAUUGUAAGAGCCCUUAAUAUGGCUUCAAAUUCUGUUAAGGGUUCUUCCAAGCAUGUCCAAUUGCCGAAUAAGAAGGUCCUCGCUUUUGUGGAGUUGGUAAAUUCCAUUCUAUCAAAUAAUGCAUCUUCAGGUAAUACUCAGGUACCAGGAUGCUCUCCUGAUAUGGCGAAAACAAUGAUUGAUACAGCGAUGGUCCAAGCUCUGACAAGUACUCUUCAGGUAAUUGACUUGGACCAUCCUGAUGCUCCAAAACUUGUAAAUCUUAUACUCAAGGCUUUGGAGGCUUUAACCAGAGCUGCCAGCACAGGAGAGCAAAUUUACAAGUCUGAAGAUACAGAUAAGAAAAAGACUUUGGCCGCAGAAGAAAGAAACCAUGGUGGGACGAACAGGGUUCCUAGUGGAGAGGAAACACAAGCUCAGCAGAAUGAAAUCAAUCAGGGUGCAGAACAGCACACAACAGGCAUGGCCCAGCGUCAAGUGCAGAUUGCAGAAGGUAGCUCAGAUCCAGCAAGUGAUCAAGCUGGUAAUGUGAAUGAGCAUAUGGAGCAUGAUAUGCGGAUAGAAAGGGAAGAUACUGCUGAAGCACAUAAUUCACCAGUGCAUGGAGAAGAAUUUAUUCAUGGAACUGUUGAAGUUACCACUGAUUUACACAACUCAACCACAGAAGUGUCUUUCCGUGUGGAACACAGAGCUGAUGAUGAGAUGGGUGACGAAGAAGAUGAUGAGGACAUGGAUGAUGAUGUUGAGGAGGAAGAUGAAGAUGAAGAUGAGGACGAAGAGGAUGACAUAGAAGGGGAAGAAGGUACUGCCCACAUGUCAUUAGCUGAUACUGAUGUUGAAGAUCAUGAAGAUAAUGGACUUGGGGAUGAUUAUGGUGAUGACAUGGUAGAGGAGGAUGAUGAUGACGACUUUCCCGAGAAUCGUGUUAUUGAAGUAAGGUGGAGAGAAGGCUUGGACGGACUGAAUCAUGUACAGGUUCUGGGACAUGCUGGAGGAGGUGGUAAUUUGGUGGAUCUUUCUGCUGAGCCUUUUCAGGGAAUUCACAUGGAGGACAUAUUUGGUCUUCGACGGCCUGCAGGAGUUGAUCGACGCCGCCCAACAGGUCACAGACCAUUUCCUGAACGUCCAGGACUAGAUCGUGGAGGUGCCUUUCAACACCCUCUACUUACCAGGCCUGCUCAGUCUGGUGGAGCAACUUCCAAUGGUUCUAUAUGGGCUACUUCUGGGAACAUUUCUAGAGAUUCGGCAGCAAUAUCAGGAGGAAGCUUUGAUGUUGCACAAUUUUUCAUGUAUGAUGCUCCCAUGCUGCUACCCCCAGAUCAUUCUGGAGGAGCAUUUUUUGGAGAUCGUGGGGUUGGUGGUCCACCUCCUUUGCUUGAUUUUUCAAUGGAUCCUAUAUUUUUAACUGGAAGGCGUGGUCCAGGUAAUGGCAGGUGGACUGAUGAUGGCCAACCGCAAGCUGGAGCUCAAGCUGCAAGCAUUGCUCAAGCAGUAGAAGAGGAGUUCCUUUCACAAUUGCGGAGCCUUACUCAAUCAAUUGAAGAGAGCCCAUCGAGACAGGCUGUUGUUCCUAGUACAGACAAUGCUGAUGGAGGGCAACAAACUACAGCUGCAGUUAUGGAAACUGAUGUACAACCCAAUUUACCAUCUGGUAAUCCUAGUGGACAACAAAUUGAAGAACAUCAAAUGGGUGAAGCUGAUUUAUCACAGGUGCAGCAGAAUGCUAGUGUGGAGCACAGUGAGCAAAGGCAUCCAGAUUUUGAUGUUGAUGGCAAUCGAGAUGAUCCUGACGUUCUGAUGAGGGAUGAAGGUAAUGAAGCAGGAAAUAGGGAUUUAGAAUCUGAAAGUCAAGACAGUGAAGGAAGUGGUGCAACUAUGGGUGAAAGUCUUCGUAGUUUGGAAGUUGAAACUGGAAGCGCAGAUGGCCGUGAGGAAACUGAAAGACAGGGGGCCAACCAGACACUCGCAGUUUCCACUGCUGAGAAUUCAGAUGCCAGGGGCAACAGCAUGGAUGCAGAGAAUAUUAAUAGUGAAUUGAGAGGUGCAGAUUUAGUUGGUCAAGAACGGGAUGCAGAUGUGGAUCAGAGUCAUACUACAGCUGACACUUCUGUACAUUUGCAGGCUCAAAAUGAGGCUGCUCAAGGUGGAAAUAAUGAAUUGGCUGAGAGAAGCGGUGAGGGAACUAGGACAAAUACUAUUGACCCCACAUUUUUGGAAGCACUUCCAGAGGAUCUUCGAGCUGAAGUACUAGCUUCUCAGCAAGUUCAAUCUGCAAGAGCUGCAAAUUAUACCCCACCUCCAGCAGAAGAUAUUGAUCCAGAAUUUCUAGCGGCUCUUCCUCCGGAUAUCCAGGCUGAAGUCUUAGCACAACAGCGUGCACAGAGAGUAGUGCAAAGCCAGCAAGCUGAAGGGCAGCCUGUGGAUAUGGACAGUGCUUCAAUAAUUGCAACCUUUCCUGCCGAGCUUCGUGAAGAGGUUCUGUUAACAUCCUCAGAAGCAGUUCUUGCUGCCUUGUCUCCAGCACUUCUUGCAGAGGCGCAGAUGCUGAGAGAAAGAGCAAUGAGUCAGUAUCAACACCGUGGCUUUCUUGGAGCAGGGCAUAGACUUGGUGGUAGAAGACACAAUAUAGGAACUGGAGGCCAGGCUUUGGAGAGGGGUGUGGGCAAUAGUAUUGGGCUUACAUUGGGUCGCAGGCCAGGCACAUCCCUUGGUAAUGCAAUAAAGAUGAAAGAAGUGGAAGGGAAAGCUCUGGUAGAUACAGAUGCUCUCAAAGCAAUGCUUCAGCUUUUAAGGCUAGCUCAGCCUUUGGGUAAAGGUCUGCUUCAGAGACUUCUAUUGAAUCUCUGUGCUCAUGUUGCUACAAGGGCUACUCUAGUUCACCUUUUGCUAGAUAUGUUGAGACCUGAAGCAGAAGGAUUUCCAGUUGAGUCCAAUGGUAUUCCAUCCCAGAGACUCUAUGGAUGCCAAUGGAAUGUGGUUUAUGCACGGUCCCAACUUUCAGAUGACUGUUUAUGUGCAGGUGUACCACCUCUUGUUUCUCGCCGUGUCCUUGAGAUUUUGACAUAUCUAGCAAAAAAUCAUUUUGGUGUUGCUGAUCUUCUUUUCUUCAUGGAAUCAUGCCCAACAUUGGAUGCGGCAUCUCAGACACCAACAAUAUCAAAUGGGGAGAAAGGCAAAGGAAAGAUUCUUGAUGAAGUUCAUGGUUCACAUUCAUCAGAGAGAACUGAAAGCGGGGAAAUUCCUCUAAUAUUACUUCUAAAGCUGCUUAAUCAGCCAUUGUUUUCAAGAAGCAGCGCUCAUCUAGAACAGCUUAUGGGGCUUCUUGAGGUUGUCAUGAACAAUGUUGGAGUUAAAAGUGAAUUAGAAGCUCCACCUAGUCAUCCACAGGAUGUUGUGACACAGGCAGAUGAUGGUCAUGUUGAAAGUGAACCUCUGCCUGAGACUGGUCCCAAUGUUGCUUCGGCUAUCCAAACAGGUGAACCUGCUUCUUUGGAAAGCAAUGAUGAUGCUUACUUACCUGGGAGCUCAGAUGCAACUAAACCAAUCGAAGGUCAGGAAGCCUCAGCCUCAGGGUCAAAGAAGGAAAUGGAUGCAUCUGAGGUUCUCCUACAACUACCCCAGAGAGAGUUACAAAACCUGUGUAAACUUUUGGCAAAGGAGGGGCUGUCAGAUACGGUGUAUACAAAGGUGGCAGAGGUUCUUAAGAAGCUAGCUAGCAUUGCUCUGACCCAUCGGAAGCUUUUCAUUUCUGAAUUGGCAGAUUCUGCCCAUAAUCUUAGUGGUGAUGCAGUUGGUGAGCUUGUAACACUUAGAGACAUGGAGUUAUUGGGGGGGAAUGCUUGUUCUAUGGCAGGAGCAGCUAUAUUGAGAGUUCUACAAGCAUUGAGUACUUUAACAUCAGAUGUUGGUACAUCAGAUGACAAGGAACAUGAAAUUCUUUCAGUUGUUCGGGAACUAAACAUGGCUCUUGAUCCAUUAUGGCAGGGACUGAGUGUUUGUAUAAGUAAAAUAGAACAGAGUUUGGGAAAUGCCUCGGAAGUUUCAGCUUCAGCAAGUAGAAAUGCUGGAGCAACAUCUGUGGCACCCCCUCUACCUCCUGGUACACAAAGGGUUCUGCCAUUUAUAGAGGCAUUUUUUGUUUUAUGUGAGAAAUUGCAGUUAGUAACUAGUGCCGCUCAGCAUGAUUCUGAUGAUGCUAGUACUAGUGAUGCUGCACAACUAAAAAAGGUAGAGGGAGGUAUGACAUUUGUUAAGUUUGCUGAUAAGCAUCGCAGACUUCUCAAUGCUUUUGUGCGGCAGCAUCCUGGGUUACUGGAGAAAUCCCUUUCUCUCAUGUUAAAAACACCUCGUCUAAUUGACUUUGACAAUAAGCGAUCAUUUUUCCGCUCACGGAUUAGACAGCAGAAUGAGCAGCACAAUUAUAACCCUCUUCGAAUUUGUGUUCGUAGAACAUAUGUGCUAGAAGAUUCUUAUAGUCAAUUACGGAUGCGUUCUGUAGAUGAUAUCAAAGGACGCUUGACAGUGCAGUUUCAGGGAGAGGAGGGUAUUGAUGCUGGUGGCUUAACAAGAGAAUGGUAUCAAUUACUGUCUAGGGUGAUAUUCGACAAAGGAGCACUACUGUUUACUACUGUUGGAAAUGAAUCUACUUUUCAGCCCAAUCCAAACUCCGUUUAUCAAACUGAACACCUAUCGUACUUCAAGUUUGUUGGAAGAGUGGUUGCUAAAGCAUUAUUCGAUGGUCAACUGUUGGAUGUUCACUUCACCCGAUCUUUCUACAAACACAUACUUGGAGUAAGAGUUGCAUACCAUGAUAUCGAGGCCAUUGAUCCAGAUUACUUUAAGAAUCUGAAAUGGAUGCUUGAGAAUGAUAUUAGUGACAUACUUGACCUCACAUUCAGUAUAGAUGCAGACGAGGAAAAACGUAUCCUAUAUGAGAAGACAGAGGUAACUGAUUAUGAGCUUAUAUCUGGGGGAAGAAAUAUACGUGUCACAGAUGAAAACAAACAUCAAUAUGUGGAUCUUGUAGCAGAGCAUAUACUGACAAAUGCUAUUCGUUCCCAAAUUAAUGCCUUUAUGGAAGGAUUCAAUGAGUUGAUACCAAGGCAUCUUAUAUCAAUAUUCAAUGAUAAAGAACUUGAACUUCUGAUCAGUGGCCUUCCUGAAAUUGAUCUUGAUGAUCUAAAGUCCAGCACAGAAUACACAGGAUAUACUUCAGCAUCUCCUGUUAUUCAGUGGUUUUGGGAGGUUGUGCAAGGAUUUGGUAAGGAGGACAUGGCACGCUUGUUGCAGUUUGUCACAGGAACCUCAAAGGUUCCUUUGGAAGGGUUUAAAGCCCUUCAGGGCAUAUCUGGCCCUCAAAGGUUUCAGAUUCAUAAGGCAUAUGGAGCACCAGAACGUUUGCCUUCGGCUCACACAUGCUUCAAUCAGUUAGACCUGCCUGAGUACUCGUCUAAGGAACAGCUCCAGGAGCGGUUGCUAUUGGCGAUUCAUGAAGCUAGUGAAGGGUUUGGCUUUGGUUGAUCUGAUGAAAGAACAUUAUCCAGUAUGCGUUCCAUGGAUGAAAUUGUAAUUGGGAGAUUAUCACCAGCACUCUUUCGAUAUUGCUAGAAAUCUGGCAUCUAAGUUUCAUGCCCAUGUGCGAGACUUACCUUGAAUGAUUAUGUCAGUUUGUAUAAAUCUCUUUUAUAUCGACGGAAGUCAUUUUUCUUCUCACUGAAAGCAUUUUGCAGUGAGUCUGUCAUUUGUCCAUUGCUGCAAUUGAUAAUUUUUGUUAUAUAAGCCAUUUGAGCAGAGUAUAGGGUGAGAUGUACCAUUGAUUUUUGCCCACCUUGUUUUGGUAUUAACGUGGCAAUGCCAUUGAAUUGAUAUCUCAUGAACAUGUACAUUAUGAUAGGAUCUGUAAACGCUGCUGGAUAAGUAUUUGUAAUUAAAUCAAUUUCUUUGAAUUUUGAUUAAGAUAAAUGAAGGUGCCCAUUGUCCUUUUUUGUGUACAA